AUGUAUACUAUUAAAUUUUAUAUUCUAAUUUUUAUUAUUUUAAUUGAUAAUGUUCAAACACGUCUUCAAACAUUUCCAUUUGACACUAUUGUUACUUUUGGAGAUUCAAAUACUGAUACUGGAAAUGUAUACAAUUUAACUGGACAUCUUUGGCCUUUAGUUCCACCUUAUUAUCAAGGUCGUUUUACUAAUGGUCCUGUUUGGAUAGAAAAUAUCGAUGUUUCGAAUAUUGCAAAUUAUGCUUAUGGUGAUGCGACAAUUGAUAAUGAUAAUUUGGUAAUAGGCUUUACUGGACCCAAUAAAACAAUCGUACCUAGUAUUCGUCAACAGAUUGUCAAUUAUUUAACUGUUACUGAUAUAAGUAAAACUGAUUUAUCACGUACACUUCAUAUUAUUUGGGCAGGUGGUAAUGAAUAUCUAAUUGACCCACAUUUAUCUUCCGACACAGUAAUUACUUCUCUAUUAACUGCAAUUGAUGAUUUACUUGUUGUUGGAAUACAACAUCUAAUUGUUAUAAAUCUACCACCACUUCAAUCAUUUCCUGGAGCUAAUCAAAAUCAGAGAUUGAGUACCUUAAUAAAUCAACAUAAUAAUUAUUUAUCAUCAAACCUGACCCAAAUACAAUCUGAUUAUACGAAAGUAUCUAUAAGAACAUUUGAUUUAUAUUCAUCAAUAACAGAAAUUCUUUCAAAUAAUUCAAUAUAUACAUUAAAUAAAAAUGAUAAAUGUUGGAAUAUAAUCGAUUAUCGUGUUAUUUCACAAUGUACAAAUCCAAAUGAAUAUGUUUUUAUUGAUGAUUAUCAUUUUACAAGUGUUAUACAUCAAGUUAUUGCUAAUAACAUUCAAAACUUCAUUUUAUCAUCAGCUAUGAAAAGUUUUUCUUGUUCGAAAUUUUAUGCCUUGAUUUCUAUGAUUGUAUUUAUUAUAAAGAAAUUUUAA